AUGGCUGCUACUUGGGAUUGGCAGUGGCUCAAUUUAAGAACUGACUACCCUGAAGUUGUCAUAGAUGUAGGGAAAAUAAUAUUUGGUGAGGACCAAAGAAACACCAACAAAAAAACAUCCAACAAAGGUAUUAAAAAAGAAAUAAGUGCCUCAAAAAAGGAAAAACUAGAAAGUCAAAGAAUUACUCUCACCCAAGUAGCCUGCGCCUUACUCAACACAGGGGGAGGAGUUAUAAGAGCCGAAAUUGAGAAUGAAGACUAUUCCUAUAGGCAACACAGGCUUGGACAGGACAUAGAAAAUUCCUUUCGGGGCUGUACUCAAUCUGAUCCCUUUGCAGAAUACUUUGACGUAGUCCAGGAAGGUUCUUACUUGCUGAUUUGAGUCAAAACGUGGAGUAGUGAGAGAUUAUCACAACCCACAGUGAUAUCAAAGGCUCGCCUUUGUUGCUUGGAAACCGGGCUGUUUCAGAGAUCAGCCACCUCCGCUGUGAAAAUGAAACCCUUGGAGGCUCUGAAUUUUCUGAAAGCAAGGCAGGCUUCUAUCAAGAAAGACCCCGGAGAGAUGGCAGGGCUGAUACGGAAGAGGGCUCGUCUUUGGGAUGGCAGCCGGCAUUCAGGAGGAGAUGGCGUGCAGGUGGAAGAAGACAUUCUCCAGGCUGCUGCUCAGUUUUUUGAACGAGACAGUCUGGAAUUUGGAGAGUUCUUGGAUUUCACUGAGUCGACAGAGGUUGAGUUUAAGGGAUUCUCAAAUGUUAAGGACAUCCUGGAAUUUAUUAGAACCACGCUACCCAAAUACAUCUCUGCUUUUGCAAAUACCAAGGGGGGAUACUUAAUUUUUGGUGUGGAUAACAAUCGGGAGGUUACGGGAUAUACAGAAAACGUACAGCCCGACCAAAUGACAAUCGAAGUGCAGGAAACCAUUGAGAUGUUGCCCCACUUCCAUUUCUGUGCUUCUUUAGAGAAAGUCGCAGCUGAAUGUAAAAUCUUGCCUGUUUAUGAAGCAAACGGAACGAGGCACGGUUAUGUCUUUGUUGUGCGGGUUGAGCCGUUUUGCUGUGCUGUUUUUGCGGCAGCUCCCGAUUCUUGGAUUGUGAAGGAUCGCCAAGUGGAGAAACUGCGAGUCGAUGAAUGGGCCAAGCUGAUGACAGCAGAAGACCCAGAUCUUUCACAUUUUGAUGACGGCUUCCAGAUCGAAUUGAGUAUGACCUGUAAGUCUCCACUUACCAAAUCAGUAUAUUCUGCUAAAGGCCUUACCUGCAUAAAGGAUCUUCAAAACUCUCUAUGCCCAGGAGAUUCAGAUGGGAUCAGCUAUAAACCGGAAGAACUCUGCGCUGAACUCUUUUCUGAGUAUGUGGGACUGAAGGACAUCUUGCGCAAGAAGAUGGAGGAACUACCGUUUUCUAAGGGAGUCCUGAUCUUUUCAAGAAGCUGGGCAGUAGACGUUGGCCUGCAGCAAAAUUCAUGUGUUGCCUGUGAUGCACUCUUAAUAACCACAGGUACUUUCCCAAGGCUGUUCACAAUUACUGUGGAUCAGGAUGAUUCCGUCCCUCCAGCGAACCCUGUGUUGGAAUAUUCAAGAAAUGUUUCCUGUAUGUUAAAGCAGAAACUGGUGAACGAAGGGGGAUUUACUCGAAAAGUGUGUGUGGAUCCCCAUGUAAUUAAUCUUGGACUCAAUGGAGAGGUAAAGAUAGGUAUGAGUUCGCGGAUUAUGUACCCGCCCACCUAUGUGAUUUCCAGAGAUGACUUAGAAGACUUGAUGCAAGCCCUUGCGAUUGUCAUGCUAAGGUUUAGGUCUGUCUUAAGUGACCAGCUAGGCUGUGAAUUUUUCAACCUUCUCACCAUUAAACAGCAUGAGAUCUUAACAAAGAACCUCCGUAAGAACAAGAAGCUGUUUGUCUAUGGCCUUGCAGGAUCGGGGAAAACCCUUGUGGCCUUGCAGAUCAUAGAGAAGAUGAAGAAUGUCUUUCACUGCAGCUCUGAUGAGAUCCUUUACAUUUGUGAAAACAGACCUCUGUGCGAGACCGUGAGAAUGAAAAACAUUUGCACGGCUGUGACGCGAGCCAGUUUUUUAAAAGGAAAGUUCUUUCAAUCAGUGAAGCACAUCAUAAUAGACGAGGCCCAGAAUUUCCGGUAUGAAGAUGGCGAUUGGUAUGGGAAAGCUGUGAAAAUUACGCAAGCAGAUGCUCAGAACCCUGGCAUUUUGUGGAUCUUCUUGGAUUAUUUGCAAAAAACACACCCUUUUGAUUGUGGCCUUCCUCCUCCGUAUGCUCAGCAACCUCAGGAAUGGCUAACUCUCGGGGUGCGGAAUGCCACUAACAUUUAUGACAUCAUGAAAAGACAAAUGUGUAAUAUACUGUCCUCUCCCAAUGAACCUGACAUUCCUUAUGAGCAGUUAAAAAUUUUGGUAGAAGAAGCUCGGUGUGGCCACAGCCUAGCAGGUGUUUUAGUCAUACCUGAAGCUAAGGAUGAAAACGAAAUAGCAGACUAUAUAGUAAAUAAGUGCCUUCAGUAUUUCCAAGAUGGUUAUUCUGGAAAAAACAUUGCUAUUCUAUGCAAUACUGAAGUAGAAAGGAAUAAAUACCGUUACUUACUCAAGUCUAAAAUGUCGAGCCAGAUGAGAAAGUUAAAGUUGUCUGUGGACUUUGCAAACGUGGAGGACGCAAAGGGGGACAGGAUUGUUCUAGACAGUGUCCGCCGUUUUUCAGGCCUCGAAAGAGGUAUAGUGUUCAGCAUUUAUCCGCUUUCUAACCCACCGGCUAUUGCUGACAAUGUGUUACUCUGCAUGGUGUCAAGGGCCAACCUGCACUGUCAUUUGCUGCGUGAUCAUCAAAGAGUGAGGGCUCCCAUGAAUUUGUCUGGCUCUUCCUGCAUUUGA